AUGCCAGGAAUCCCAAAAACGAAGGGCUGCUCGUGUGACGAGAAGUGGCCAACUUGCACGGCAUGCCAAUACUCCAAGCUCAAAUGCCCUGGCCCAUCACCACUUGUGACCUAUGCAUACAGAUCUCAGGAACCAGUCAAUGACAGCUUCAACAACUCAAAGCUGCGUUUUCCGAACCUGCUCGCAUCAACGUGGGUUGAAGAUUCACUACCACCAGAGCAGAGAUCAUGCCACAACCACCAACACCAAUCGAAGAGAUACAAACCCAUCAGACCUCGAGUUCCUACCAAGUCACGCAUUCUCUGGAGUCAUGUCCGACCUCGUGCCAACCCAACAACACGACUGAGCCAACUCGCAGCCAAUCUUGUCUCCGUGCUAAACACAUCCACGGAUCUUGGAGAUGCAGCUCACCUUAGCAUACUGUCUUUUGUCCCCUCGCGCCUCCAAGAAAGCCAGUGCUUAUCUGAUAGCGUGGCAUUCUGGUGCAGUUCGCAGAUGGAUGAUCGUCGCUGCUUGGCAAAACCAAGUGUCAACACACUGCGCUACUAUAGCACGGCUCUCCAGAGUCUUCGGCAAGCCUUGAGAAGUAAGCAAGCUUACUGCGCUGAGACAUUGGCAACAGUGGUUAUCCUCCAGAGAGCCGGUACAUCGUUUGAAAAAGCAGUAAAUCUAGACUCUGCUGCCCAUGCAAGAGGGAUGUCAGAAUUGAUCGUGCAGAGAGGACCGCCCCGCCUGGAUGAUGAUUUGGACGCCUCGCUAGCAAGUGAACUGGGCUCAAGUCUGUUUUGCUGGUGUGAUAAACUUGACGGCCAGGGGGGUCGCAAGAUUGAGCCCGCUGAAGAAGUCAAGAUCGACGGGCCUCUUAUAUCAGCGUCAGAGGAAGCUCUGAUCCAAGGCACAUUUGCCAAGAUGGCUGAUUACAUGACCCAUGUUGGAUUGGUUCACAACAACCCACAUCCCGAGAAUAUGAAAGCCCUGGCUUCAGACCUCCUUGAGCAACUUCAGCUCUGGAACCGAGGCUUUUGUCUGACUAUCGACAAUAUUGAGGAACGCUUCACCAAGCAGGGACUGAUGGAAGUUGUCCCCGACAAAGACUUUUUCUUUCAAGGAAAAAUACCAUUUGAGCUCCUCCUCGAAUUCUUGGUACUCCAGAUCAUUAUUGCCAAAGUUCUCCACAGCUUCAGUUCGUUCUGUGCCUCCUCAGAUGAUACCGCCCUUUACUUUGAAAAAUAUCGCAAACUCUCGAUCAAGUACUGGAUGCUUAUUCCUCACCUUAAGAAAUCACAUAUCAACGCUUCACAGAUUGUCUCGUGUACUUUCAGUCUCACCUUUGAGGCUGCUGAGAAUGACCUGGAGAGGGAUCAAGUCCUGGAUGCUGUCAUGACUUUCGACCAGUACAUGGGGAAGUUGAAACGCCACCGCAAACUCUUGGAAGGCCGGGUGCUUCAGACCGCAAAGCAACUUACGGGUCGCGGGGGGGUUCUGCCUAUUCAAGUUUGGAUUAGUGGUCAAAGAGAAUCCAAGACACGGAAAAAGGCCAAAAAGACCACAUCCAAUCCACGUUGGGUCACGAAUUCCAGUCAUAUUCUACAUGGUUGCUUAUUUUUUGAGAGGUUGCUAGAUUGUUAG